AUGCUAGACUUACCGGACAAGGAAAACCUGUCUGAGGGAAUCCCAGACAUGUCUUUACACCCUACGAAGGCAAAGAAGCAAGAGGAAAGUGCCAGUUUCAAGGCACAAAACAAUUUGAAGCCCCAAAAAUUGUCCAAGCUAGACCAAAGGCAAACAUUCCGUUUUCGUCUCCCUUGGCAAUCAGUAACAAGUUCUCAACCUCCUCCGCUACGUCCUACUACCGAAUCACGACCCUCUCGUCCUGCACCUGAAAUCCAAACGCCUGCUCAAACUGCCACUGCUGUCCCCAUUCGACCACCAUUUAGGUCCGUAGGGAUAGCCCCGGCGGUACAGCCCCAGGCACAAGUACCACAAAGAACUGAACCCCAGCCAUCAUCACAGUUCCGUACAGCCACCGAAUUACUUCAAGCCACUCCUGAGCCAGUACCUCAAUCCCAAGCUGGGGGCUCCGUGCCCUCGUCACCAUCUCGCACAUCUCAAAUCCAACCAGCAUCGGGGACAUCCCUUAAUCCGCCUUGGUCUCCAUCUCGUCUUUUCUCUCAACCUACUGGCCUAACGACAUCACAACCAACUGGUGCGACUACAUUACAACCCACUCCCGAGCCAGCACCUCAAUCCCGUGCUGCGGGCUCCGUGCCCUCGUCACCAACUCGCACAUCUCAAAUCCAACCAGCAUCGGGGACAUCCCUUAAUCCGCCUUGGUCUCCAUCUCGUUUUUUCUCUCAACCUACUGGCGUAACGACAUCACAACCAACUGGUGCAACUGCAUUACAACCCACUCCAGAGCCAGCACCUCAAUCCCGUGCUGCGGGCUCCGUGCCCUCGUCACCAUCUCGCACAUCUCAAAUCCAACCAGCAUCAGGGACAUCCCUUAAUCCGCCUUGGUCUCCAUCUCGUUUUUUCUCUCGACCUACUGGCCAAACGACAUCACAACCAACUGGUGCAACGACAUCAAUUCAAGUUGUCUCUCAGCCUACACUCACUGCAACUCAGCCCCCAUCUUUUCUCCCUGAGAAAGAAUCAAAACCAGUGGUUUCACAUCCACUUUCUCAAGAACCUCAACCAAAGGCACAAGUACCAUCUGAAGAUAUUUUUGUUUCCCAGAAACAAACCCCAAUUGAAACCUCAUCUCAACUAGAUGGAGUGGUGACACGGCCAACAAAAGUUUUCCUAACUACUGAUCAACCCCAGAAGACAGAUUCUGAUGCCAAGACAAAGUCAGAGGAAAGGGAAGGAGAGAAGAAAGUAGUGCGAGGAAUAACUGAAACACAGACUAAAGACCUAGUAAGUGGUGCAUUUCAAGCAAAACAAAAGCCGAAGCCGGAGCCGGAGAAGGAAGAAACUUUUGACAGAAAGGAGGCAAUAUACCCCACCAGUUCUAGUGCAAAACAGAUCAGCACUACAAGUUCAAAGCAUCCGAAGGAUAAGAAAAUAUCAAGCAAAUCAACUACACAAAGGCCGAGUACAGUUGUCUCCGACGGGGCACAGCUUCCACUGCAUGAAGCGGUAAGGGGAGAUAUUUUUAAGCAUCUUCAAAAGCUGACCACUAGCUAUCCGAUUGAUGAAAAACCAGUCAGUGUCAUAACCAUAGCUGGUGGAAAUGAAGGAGCAUCAAUGCAUUUAGCCUUAGAGUCGGCCGAAAAAGAAGGAAGGGUCCACAUGCAGCGAGGUUACAAGCUCAGUCCAACUGAGAGCACUGAAGCCACUGCUGAUGGAGAGGAGAGCUCCAAGGCUAAGAGAUCCGAAAAUCCAAUCACAAAAGAAAAGCCGCCAUCAAGAGCAUACGUCAAUAGCAACGUACAGAGCGUCAACAACUCGAUUUUGUUGGACCAUUCCAUCACCGAAAGGAAUCCUGGCGUCCAGUUGGUUUUAUCCAAUGAAGAAGAAGAACCGGUCAAAUCAAGUACUGGUAAACCGGAGCCUCUUGAAACACGCAAGGCCGAAUCCAACAUCACCCCAGCCGAGAAGCAUACAUAUGAGCCAACCGUAGAAAGACAGUGCCUGAUGACAGGGCUUUUCAUGGAGCCAACUCCAAGUGACUCAGACCCAGAGAACGCUGGAAAGCCUCCAGCUGAUCGUGGUUACGAAACUGACAGUGGGGGGGAGACGGACAAAGAUAAAGAGAUUGGGAUACUCUGA